AUGAGCGGCAUGAUAUUUAUACUUCUACUGAGAAUAUUUUUAGUGUCGCAAUAUUUGAUUACGACAUGUUUACCAAUUCUUAGUACUGUUAUAUGGGUGUCACUAGAAUGUUCACGUAAAAAAUUUCAAUUGACCCCAGCUGUACCACUUGUUCAAGGACCAGAACAUUUAAAAGUGGAUGAAACGCAAAGAAGCACAAAUUCUCAUGUUAAAUCUCCAAAGACAAAGGCAUCAUUAAAAUUAUAUAAAAUUUCAUUUUUAAAAGAGAAAGAUGAACCUAAUCCUACAGCAGCAUCUUUAAAAUGUGGCCGAACGCAAGCUUCUCGCACAACACCUGUUUUACCAUCCGAUGAUACGAUAAAACAUGUUGAAUCAUUACCGGAAAGUUCAGAGUAA